CCUUUUUUUUUCUCUGUUUGGUUACAGAGGAAGUAAAGUUUCCAUUUGUUCUAGCACUUUCCAAGUUCCCUCUGUCUGUAGUUUUUGAAUCCAAAUCUCUUAAAAUCUCUGCAUUGCUUUCAUUUCCACCUUGGUCUGUAUACUCCUUUUUUCCCUUAUAAUCGGAUCUGGGAUCUUUCUACUUUCUUUCCAAGGGUUUGAUAUUAAGGGCUUCAUUGGGCAAAACUUAUAAGGCUUGUAUAUUAAGUUAAAUUUAAGCUGUUAUUGUGAUUUUAAAGCUUGAAAGUUGCUAAAUAUAUCUUUGUGGGAGGCCAUUUAUUGUAUAGGGGCUGAUUCUUAAGGUUGUGCUUUGGAUUUGUCCAUGGAUGAGAUGGUUUCUAGGUUUAAAGAUUUAGAACUUGGCCUUGAAAAUGGAGUAUCUCUUAGUGUAGGUGAAGAUUCUAGGUUUUCUAAGGUUGAAGGCAGUUCCGUCGAGGGGUCUUUGUCCAGUGAUGCUUCGAAUUCCGGUAGGGUUUGUGUCGAGAAUUUGCUGUUGGUGAAUGUAGAGGGACAAGAGGAUAAAAGUGGUAAGGAGAAUAAAUUAGUGAAGGAGAAACGUAAAAGCUUGGGUCACAAGAAACCUCCUAAACCUCCUAGGCCACCUAGAGCUCCGUCGUUGGGGGCGGCUGAUCAGAAACUAAUUAAGGAAAUCGCGGAACUCGCACGGUUGAAGCGUGCGAGAAUCGAACGGAUGAAAGCAUUGAAGAAAUUGAAAGCUACUAAGCCGGCAACAUCUUCUAGUAGCAACAUGUUUGCUAUGGUGUUCACUAUCAUUUUUUGUCUUGUCAUAAUGUUUCAAGGAAUGUCACCUGGAAGUACACCGUCGACUUACCAAGGCUCUCCUUCCCCAGCAGAAAGUGGUCUAACCUCACUUCAAUCCUCCACGAAUCCAUCAGCAAGCGUUCGAAAUCAACCCGGUUCUCAAUCUCCCUAUUUAGUGGAACAGGUUGCAGGUUUAGAAUCCCAUGGAAAGCUAUCAAAAUCUUCUGGAUGAAAGUACAAUGAUGUGUUUCACUGCAAAAGCCAUAUAUAUAUUCAUCAAAAAUCAAAUGGAGUUUCAAUAUACUUUUUCAUGGUAAUUUAUAUCCCUUGUAUAUAUGAUGUUAUGGAGUUAAAUUACCAUGUAAAAAAUCUUUGGUCAUGGUUCUCAAUAAUUUUAUGCAAUUUUUUUCCAUAAAGAUAUCCCAUUAUGCUACUCAGAAUUCACGCACACACAUAUACAUAUAUAUUCAUUCAUUAAUAAAAUAUAUGGUUUAGGGUA